AUAAACACCAGCUAUGAGAGGAGUUUGGGGGUAACGUAAUGCUCAGCCCCAACCCAGGUGAUGUUGUUGAUUAAUGCUGUGUAGGACUGAUAUAAUCGCACCAAGAGCGAGUGAUACGUGUUAAAACGUGUUAAAAGGGGUUAUAACGUUGUAAUGACGCACUAGUAAUGCGGUGCAGAUCCUGAUUCCUGGUCUGAGUGGUGUCCUUCAGUCUACCAGCAACCAUUCUACAGCUGCUACACUUGGAUCCCUUAUUAUACAAGAAAGUGAAUCAGUGUACACCUCCUUCCAAAAUGAGUCGGGACGUUCCUAUCCACAGCUGGCCCGGCUCCUAUUACAUCAACAGCGAGAAGCGUUGGGAAAAUGGCACCCUGUCCCUCACCAGGACCACGGUGCGCUUCGUCUCUAACCAGAGUAAGGAGAGUGUCGCCAGCUUCCGCCUCUCCAGGAUCAUGGAGAUCAAGAUGGAGUCGUCCAGUUUCAUCUUCAGCACUCUCACGGUGCUCGAAGAAGGCAACGUGAAACACUGGUUUGGAUCCCUUAAGCCCAACAGGGUGGUGGUUUACAAUGUGUUAGAGCAUUUCUGGAGAGAACGCCUUCUGUCCCCCGGCUCAGAGGCUCAGGGGGCCGAAUGUCAACCCUCCAAAGGCAGAGAGCUGAUCAACCUGGUGGCGGGAGCCCAGAGGAGACUGGAGGACACCGGCAUAGUCCUCAGCCACCAAGGAGAGCAGUUUGAUAACAUGAUGCAGGGACUGGAGAAGAUUGACUCUGAUCUGGGCGUGGCUGACAAACUUCUGUCAGAGCUGGAGUCUCCCUCCUGGUGGCCUUUUGGUAAACUCCCCUGGAAGACUCAGCAGGAAGCCAAGGCUGAGGACGCCGCAAGAGCUGCAGCUGCCUCUGCGGCUGGCAAAGGGUCCGGUAGAAAUAAGGUGAUCUCAAGCAUCCCAGCUGUGGUGACCAAAGGCGGGAACUCUGACUUAAAACCCGGAUGCUUGUUAGUGCUGGUGUCCUCACUGGAGGUGCGAGACACAAACGGCCAACUCCUUCACCGCUUCGAACGAAAUGAAAUCGACGAAAUCCGGGUGCACAGUCCGUACGAGAUCACUGUUAGACAGCGGUUUAUCGGGAAGCCAGAUAUAUGCUACAGGUUCCUGUCUGCCAAGAUGCCCGAGGCAAUGUCAGUGUUGGACAUGCAGUACAAAAAGAAAGUGGAGUUCACUGGUGAAUACGCUGCUUUCAGAGCAACUCCAGCUUCAUCUCCGUGUGACACAGAGGGGAAGUGGAAUGAAGGUUCGCUGCAGAGGUGCCAAGACACAGAGCUCCCGCUGGAGGUCCCAGCAGGAGAGCUGUCCCAGUUGCAGGUGCACGUCCUCCAGCCGACUGUCAGUCAGGCUGAGGCCCAGGAACUCAAACAGAUGCUGAUGCAGCUGAAGAACCUCGCCCUGGAGGCAGAGACAGAGCUGGAACGGCAGGAUGAUGUUCUGGACGACCUGACUAGCUCCACUGACCGAGCCACCAUGCACAUAGAUAAGCACACCUGCCGCAUGAAAAGGCUGCUGUAGCUCUGACAGUCCAGCAGACACAUGCGGUCACCACGUCCCUCCUGAGAAAAUGCACCGUAAGCUUCCUCAUUGUCCUCACGGGAUUGGUACAAUGUGAGAACAGCGGAAGAGUAGGGAGUCACAUAUUCUCAAAAAUACUUCAUAGGAUUUGUGUUGCUUAUAAUCACAUGGGAGGGCAGCAAUGUUCACUUAACACUAAGGAUGUUUACCAGAAUCCCUGAAAUUUGCACUUCAGAUUCAAAUUAUGACUUUGCUUUUUCUACAAAUGCGAUUUCGUCUUUAUUUUUUUUUAAUUUCAUUAUUUUAUUUGAAACAUUUCAAACACGUGUGACUGGAAUGAGACAUCUUUAUGAGUCUGCGCUCUGCUGUCUGAAUGUGCGUUUUGCAGCGCUUAGCAGCUGUGGCUAGGAUUGUUAGCAUCACAUUUGGCUUAGAUGCAAUCGGCUGUGCAACUGUCAUUUUGAAAACACUUUUUUUUUCUAUUUUACAUCAAAUAACAUUCUUGAAGACCACUUGGUUCAGAUUCUGUGAAAAGAAAAAUUGAAGAAAAUUGUGCUCUAGAAAUCGACCAUCAGGCAUAUAACUAAAAUGGGCACCUGAUUGCCCACCCAGGCAAUGUUCGUAGUGGGAAGCCAGUGAGGGAUCACAUCCUCAUCAGUGCACUAGUGACUCCUAAGCCGUGUUUCCGCUGCAUGGUACGGCUCUGCUUGGCUCGACUCACUUUUGGUGCUCUGGCUAUGUCUCCACUGCGAAUAGAACCCCCUCAGUGUAAGCUGGAUUCUCAGCUGAUCGCCGUAGCGGCGGCACGUGAAACUGCCGUGACAUCAUCUUCAACGCGACACUUAUUGAAUAAUUUCAGAGGCAACCAAACAGAGGAACGGCAGCACUUUGUCAAUUGAAUGGUGUAGUGUGCGUAGUGCUUCCAACGUAGUUUUGCUAGCUGCCAUGUCUAAAAAUCUGGGUUUCGUCAAUUCAAAAUUGUGGUCGCUAUUGAUGGUAGCUUGGCUUUUUAAAAACAGCGGGUUUGCGCAAGAUGUCCCGUGUCGCGCUGGUGAUGAUUCUCUCUGACCAAUCAGUGGUCUGCACUGUGUUUUAGUAUCGGCUCAGCUCGCCUUGAACCUCGACCGAGGUGGUACCAAAAAGGGAAUGGUUCGAUUGGUACCAUCCACAAUUUUUUCUAAUGGAAACACAAUAAUAACCGUUCUAUUGUGUAAUGAGCUGAACUGAACUGGACUGCUUGGUGGAAACGUGCCACUGCUGAUCGGUUGUGGCAUCUGAGUGGGAGAUUUGGGGGAAUAGCUUGUAUCCCUGUUGCGUCUCGUGCCCUCCCAGCAAAGCUGGCAGGUGAAGAAAUACGCUGAUGACUUAUAUGUGUAUCAGAAACACACAGCAGUUUACACCUUCCCCGGGCCCAAUGGGAGACAAGAAUGAAGAGCAAAAUGGACAUUUGAAAAUAACUAGCUUAUUUAUUCUCUGCACAAAUUAAUUUAUAACAAACUGCAUGUUGUUUCCAUUGCAAUGUAGUGAAAUAACAGUGGAGGAUAACCCUGAUUUGAUCUUGUUGACGUAAAUUGGGUGAACAGAUUUCCCAACUAAAUGAUUUGCAAGUAAUAUACUGACAGAUUGACAAGUUCUGACAAGUGUCAUCCCAGUUAUAUCUGAUGAUGUACUGCCAUUCUUCAUUUUUAGAACCUUCUCUGUCCUGAUGACUUGUCUUUCUCAGGUCUUACAGUAGGUGUCACUUAUCCUCUCCGGACACAGUUUUCCCUGUGGCGUAAUGUUGCAUGUCUCAAUAUCGCUGCUUCGUAUUGCAUCAAGUGAAAAUGUCCCAUCAUUACCAAUAUAUAGCAGAAGGCUGUAAAUGUGCAACUGAGUUCUGGGACUCUUGAAAACAACAGAAAACACGUCUUCUGUUUGUUUUUAGAUAUUAUACACAAAAUACUCCAUAUUAAGAUCCACAUCAUCUACCGUAUAUGUCUUGCUAAAGAUUGAUACUAUUCUAACUCUGUAAUAUCUGUAAAUGACAGACACAUGUAUUGUAACUCUGUGAUUUUAUUGUGGUCCGUUAUCACUGUCAACUUUUAAUUAGCUGGAGGUUAAACUUGAAAUAUCUGUACUGUAUGUUUUUAAAAUAAUGAUUUCAGCGCUGUAUAGAGGCUUCUUUUUGCUGAUGAUACCAAAUUAAUCCAGACACUGGAGACAACUAAACAGUUAGCUCUAAAUAUAAGGGGGAAAGUACACCUGUGUCUUUCUUAUAGCAAACAAAUUAAUAAAAGAAACAACACAACUGGAA